CAUCGUAAUUACGCAUCAUAAUAAGUGUACUUAUGCUAUUGCUAACCAUGGAUUAGCCGAUUAGAACGGUCUAAGCACCUCGCUUAGCUGGAGCCUGGAGCCAACACCAUAUAAAACCUUAGCUUCUAUUGUUAUUGCACCACCUCCUCGAAGCCGACCCCGUAUACGCGUAUCGCCACGCCGCGUCAGUUCCCUUCCACUUCCUCUGCUCCGUGUCCUCCUCCCCUCGCCGCGGCCGGCCAUGGCGAACGACGGCUCGCCGGGCGGGCGCGCCGGCAGGAGGUGCGGCUCGCUCACGCGCGUCGACCUCCUGACCCUCCUCCUCGCCGCGGCUCUCUGCUCCGCGUCCUACUGCCUGGGGAUAUGGCACAACAGCCGCGGCGCCGCGGACAGUAGGGUCCUCGGGCCGAGCGCAGCGUUAGCCGUCGGGGCAGCGUCGUCAUGCGGGGGCGACGCCGACGAGCCGCUCGACUUCGAGACGCACCACGCUGCCGAACACGCCGGGCUCUCCGUGUCGACGCCGGCGACGAUGGACACGAGCACGCGGCGGGCACUACGCGGCGCCACGCCCGGCGGAACGGGGCACCGCGGCGUGGCGUGGGCCGCGCGCGGCGGCGAUGGAGGCCUCCGGUUCGCGGACGCCGGCGCCGUCCGCGCCUAGGUCGACGUCGUGUGUCCUCCAGGGCUUCGGUGCGCGCCGCUCUGGACGUCGGAGCCGCUCUCGGAGUCUCUCAAGUCGUCUCUUCCGAAUAAGGGGUGCGAAUUUACUGUUGGGUCCUUUUUGGUUCGUUGUUUAGAGUUUGAAAUCAUCUAGGGAUCUAUAUGAAAAAUUCGCUCACAGCGAUAUGGACCCGUUGGAGUUUAGUUCACUCUCUCUCUCUC